GUCAUGAAGGAUAUACUUAUAGUAUAGAUCAGACCACAACCUCGCAACUUCCAAAGCGUAAUAGAUGGCUCAGACGAAAAUGUCUGGGAAAAAUUCAACGACUUUCCUGUUUAACCUAUUCCCCGAAAAACAGCAUGCACAGGUUUCAAUACUGUAUUGGUGUCUUCGUGAAAUGUUUCGGUGCGUGAAAAAGACUUUAUGUUGAGUACAUAAAGUAAGUCAUUGCCAGUUUAACGGAAGUGAUAUGGAUAUCAGAAGAGUGCGCUUGGGUAUAUUUCUGAAGAGAUAUAUGAGUAUUAACAUAUCUCUGAAAAAAGUGUGAAUUGACUAAGCGACUUGUAGACAAUAUACCAAUCCAACAGUACAAUGGAAACAGUUAUGGAACAGAGUUACAUUGUGAACAAAAGUUUGAAUACAAAUUUAUCUGAUGGCAAUUCUGCGGGACCUGACAAUUACGGUAUCCCUGAAGUGUUCCAGUUUAUACUACUCGGAAUGUAUGCUAUAACAUGCAUUAUAGUCCUUUUUGGAAACGGCAUGAUAUGUUAUACAAAUUUUAAAAUCCAGAGUUUCCGAACUGUGACAAACUUCUUCAUCGUUAGCCUCGCAAUAACAGAUAUCAUGAUGACUUUAUUGUGUGUCCCGUUCUCGAUCCUGAGUAACUUAUUUUUCCACUACUGGCCGUUCUGGAGUUUCUUGUGUCCCAUCAUGAUGUUUAUGCAAACCAGCAGUGUGUUACUGAGAUCAUUCAUGCUGAUCGCCAUGACAUAUGACAUGUAUCACGUGGCCACCAAGCCCUUGAAGCCACGUCUCCUGACAAAAUGUCGGGCCAGGAUCCUUGUAGCCAGUAUCUGCUUUAUGUCCUGUGUGAUAUCAUGUCCGACGUUUAUAUACUCGCACAUCGAAUACAUGGAGUACGAACCUGGAUCAAAAGGCCUUUGUGUGGAACAGUGGCCGGACGACUUUGUCCGCAGUGUUUAUGGUGUCUGUAUCAUGAUGCUACAGUACUUUCUGCCUCUCAUCGUCAUCGCAGUCACAUACAUCCACAUUGGAGUCCUGAUAUGGAUCAAACGAACACCAGGCGAAGCCAUAACAGCAAGGGAUGAAAGACAAGCCUCCUCAAAAAAGAAGACAAUCAAAAUGAUAGUUGUUGUUGUGAUAGCGUAUCUGUUGUCAUGGCUACCAAUUCACGUGAUCACCAUCGUAGGAGACCUAGAUCAAUCCAUUUUCGACGCCGACUACGUACAUAUGAUGUGGCUUUCCGCUCAUUGGUUAGCCUUCAGCAAUUCGGGAGUCAAUCCUGUAAUCUAUUUUUGGAUGAAUUCAAAGUUUCGUCACAACCUGGUUGUGUGUUUUAAUAUGAAGUGCUGCUUUCCUGGAAAACACCAGAAGAGUUUGGAGUACAAAAAUUCAUUUGCUAUGACAUCAUACAGGAAGUCCAACGGUGUUAGAAGCGAUUCUGCCGUAAAUGAUACUUCCAUGACAAUUACGUCAUAUCAAUGCCGCACUCCUUCCCCGAGGGAGGAUAAGCGCCAUCGCUUCUUUAGUGAAAAUGGAGUAAAACAAAAAAGUUUGAAAUCCGACAGAGUGUGAAACAAAUACAUUAUUUGUUUUAUGGCAAUCAGACAAGAUAUCAAGCAUUAAUCCAUCAUAAAAACAUACAUAGCAUCUUAUUUCGUUUUAUGAAAGCUCCAUCGUCAUACAUCACAGACCAAAUAUCAUUUGAUGAGAUGUAAAGGUGUCUUUCUGAGAGCUUCUUGAUUUUGCAAAUCAGUAAAAAAAGGGGAUAUAUUCUAAUCGCUUUGUAUAUUCGCUCUUUCUCCCGUUUCAUGAAGACAUCAACAGAUUCAGCUGAUAGUUACAUCCUUUUAUGGUAAGAUACAGGUCAGGCCUGGCCAGAUUUUGGUGUUCAUCGCUCAAGGUGAAAGUUCAAAGUUUCCUUCUUUAAAGUUGAGGUAUACUUUUGUGGGCCUAUUUUUAUUUUCGUAUGAUAAAAGUUUUUUCGGUUAUCAAUUCCUUAAUGCAGUGCCAUUAUUUCUAUCUACCAAUAAUUGGUUACAGUCACUUUGAAGAUGUUUCAAUCAAAGGUGAUCAAUAAGAAAUAUAAAAGAUAAAAUUAGAGGUGCUAUAUCUCAGAAAGGCUCUUGUAUAUAUUUAUAAAUUGCCACAAGUUACGUACUGUUCGUUAUUACCACCCUCUAAAAGUUUGUUUUUCUCGUUAAUUAUUUAAAGUUGUAUCCCGAAGAAUUCCUAACAUUAUCCUAAUGUAUAUUUGGUACAUAUUUUUGGUCUUAUAAACAACCGUUUUAGCAUCUUUGAUACACGCCUGAUUGUUUAUAUUAUUUUAUAAUGUAACAAUCCUUUAUCAAAAUGUGUUAAUAUGCCCCUUCUAUUAAUUAAGAGCAGGGUUAUAUAUUCGAAAUUUCGACACAAACAAAGAUAAAGUUUGGAGUUAAUAAGACGGGCUUUUGAGCUAUUAUCUCGAAACCUCACGUUAGUAUCAAACUUUCGAGUUAUUAAGUUAUUUAGAGUUACUAACAUGAUAUUUUUCAUGGCCCUAAUGCUCUUCCUUAGUUUACUCAAGCGGGCGGAAAAUAUAAUGUUAAAUAGACACCUACACAUUCGUCUACUGCAUAAUCAAAUUGUCCGUAAAUUAACAAUAUGCCUUAUUCGGGUCUGUUAGGCUGACGGGGUGCAGUAGUAGAUCAAACUUAAAAGUAUAAUCGAUGGACAUUCAUUUCAAAAUCAUUUUUAAUAUAUUCUCCUCGUUGUAUCAAUUACUUUAUGAAUAGUUCAAUAUCGAUGUUUGCCAUUCCAUUGUAUGUUAUGAAGUUUAGCGUGUCAGUCUUGUUACAACCCUAGUUCUCAUUUUAGGAACGUGACAUUAACUUUAUUUAUAUUACGUAUAUAGUCAAUGAAACAGAAAAAAUGGUACACAUUGUCUUCACUUUGUUUAUAUAAACACUUCCCUUCAGACAUAUCCUUAGUUGGUCAUCGGUCUUCGAUUAAUCGAUUUUUAGUUUUAUCAUCCCAUAAUUCCUUACACGUUGGCAUUCUCUGUUAUAUAUAGUUAAAUAGAAGUAUAAUUGUUUUGUUUUACAUUGAUUUACACUGCCUUUGUAUCCAUUUCUCAUUUAUUGUUUGUUUUGUUGUAAUCUAAUUAAAAUACAGAUCAUUAUUUUACACUACGUUAUGGAGUUCUGACAGUUGCUGCUAAGGCGUCAUGUUCAGUUGACCCCAAUGUGUAUCAUACAACGAUGUAGUUUCGUCUCUAAUAAGCCUGUUCGUCGGUGUUUACAUAUUCAAACGGGCCGUCAAAACGUUAAUUAAAUGUUAAUUUGCCUCUGAUCCAUCUGUUGUUUGGCUACUUCGUUACCUUUCGGAGCAUUUUCGUUACAACCAAGGAAAAUCCACAAACUACGCAAACUUUGUCCACAAAAUAUAUUGUUUAAGACAUGAAGUGGCUGGCGAUGGACGUAGCCAUCAUAGUUCCUCUGACAUUCGGAACGCUCUGAUACGAUCAAUAAGGACCAACCAUGAGGUUGCCGAGGAAAAGCAGUUCUGGCGAAAUUGUGCUAGUUGAGCUGUGAUUGGUUGUUUGAUAGGUCAUCUGAACAUGAACCCUAACCGGCCAUCGUCAGAACUUCAUAACGUAUAAUGAUGUUCUCUUUUAAAUCAAAUAGGUUUUUGUUGUUGCCAUUUUUUUUUUAGUCAGUACUUCCUGAGCAUGUUGUUGAAUAUCAAUAAAACAGCAACACACAAUAACAUUUUACUGGACAUUGCAAACAGAAAAACAAAUGUAUUUAGCAAAGCAAAAGUAAUAUUCUUUAGACAAUGCCUGCUUCAUUAACAUGCAUGUUACUGUUAUCUAGAGAAAUAAAACUGUAAGUCUGGCUUGCCUUUUUUGUGUUUGCUUUAAGCAUAUAAUCGUUAGAAGGCCCCGAAUGUUGAACCGCAUAAUUACUGAGAAACUACCACCAGGCGUCACGUACUGAAUUUUUAAAAUGCAGCUUACGGAAUAUUGGACAACAAAUAUUAUAUUAUGACCUAAACCUCUUAAUGCAGAGGAUUAUACAGUUGGUCAGGAAUGACGCAAGCGAUUUCAUUUACAUUAACGUCAUUGCGUACAAUGCUGAAUUAUUACUACAUAGAUAAAAUAAUGAGAUAUAGGAACGUAACUAUGUGUUCAAUGUGUACGUCAGAUUUGAUAUUUACAAAUAACCAAUGUGUCUUUUGUACAAUCCUUCGAUCUUGCAGGUAGUAGACAUUGCCUGAGGCCUAACUCUUUAUUCCUUCAAAGCUACCAUAAACUGUAUGGUACAUUUUCAUUCAUUUGAACAGUAAAAAGAUUAAAACCCUUCACAUGCAUUUUGUUUGAUAUAUGACAUUGACAAUUAGGAAAUUCAUUCAAAUAAAGGCUAUUGCACCUUC